AUGGGUAACCGAGGUAUGGAGGAUCUUAUUCCUCUAGUGAACCGAAUGCAGGAUGCCUUCUCUGCUAUCGGACAAAAUGCCAACCUGGACCUCCCUCAGAUCGCUGUGGUCGGCGGCCAAAGUGCAGGAAAAAGUCACGGUGCUGGAGAACUUUCGUGUGUCUCAGUGCUGACGCCACACUUCCUGUUUCUGCGCAGGGACUUCCUGCCCCGCGGCUCUGGCAUCGUCACCCGCCGUCCCCUGGUCCUGCAGCUCAUCCAGUGUCCCACAGAGUAUGCGGAGUUCCUGCACUGUAAGGGGAAGAAGUUCAUUGAUUUCGAUGAGGUACGGCAGGAGAUUGAGGCGGAGACAGACCGGGCCACAGGGCAGAACAAGGGCAUCUCCCCAGUGCCCAUCAACCUGAGGGUGUACUCUCCACACGUCCUGAACCUGACUCUGGUGGACCUGCCGGGGAUGACCAAAGUGCCGGUGGGGGACCAGCCCGCGGACAUCGAGAGCCAGAUCCGGGACAUGCUGAUGCAGUUUGUGACCAAGGAGAACUGCCUGAUGCUGGCCGUGUCUCCUGCCAACUCUGACCUGGCCAACUCCGACGCCCUCAAGAUCGCCAAAGAAGUGGACCGGCAAGGUCAGCGCACGAUCGGUGUGAUCACCAAGCUGGAUCUGAUGGACGAGGGCACGGACGCUCGAGACAUCCUGGAGAACAAGCUGCUGCCACUACGCCGAGGGUACAUCGGGGUGGUGAACCGGAGUCAGAAAGACAUUGACGGAAAGAAGGACAUCAGUGCUGCCAUGGCGGCCGAGAGGAAGUUCUUCCUGUCGCACCCAAGCUACAGGCACCUGGCCGACCGCAUGGGCACGCCCUACCUGCAGAAAGUGCUCAACCAGCAACUGACCAACCAUAUCCGAGACACGCUGCCAGGGCUCCGUGCUAAACUGCAGGGCCAGCUGCUGUCAAUAGAGAAGGAGGUGGACGAGUACAAGAACUUCCGCCCUGACGACCCCUCCCGCAAGACCAAGGCCCUGCUGCAGAUGGUGCAGCAGUUUUCUGUGGACUUUGAGAAGCGCAUUGAGGGCUCGGGGGACCAGAUCGACACCUACGAGCUGUCGGGCGGAGCCAGGAUCAACCGCAUCUUCCACGAGCGCUUCCCCUUCGAGCUGGUCAAGAUGGAGUUUAAUGAGAAGGAGCUUCGUAAGGAGAUCAGCUACGCCAUCAAGAACAUUCAUGGAAUAAGAACUGGCCUCUUCACUCCGGACAUGGCCUUUGAGACCAUUGUGAAAAGACAGAUCGGGAAGAUCAAAGAGCCCUGCCAGAAAUGCGUGGACAUGGUCAUUUCUGAGCUAGUCAAUACCGUUAGGCAGUGUACCAAGAAGCUAGCCCAGUACCCCAUGCUGAGGGAGGAGAUGGAGCGCAUCGUGACACAGCAUAUCAGAGACCGCGAGAGCCGCACCAAGGACCAGGUGAUGCUACUGAUUGACAUUGAGCUGGCCUACAUGAACACCAAUCAUGAGGACUUCAUCGGCUUCGCCAACGCUCAGCAGAGGAGCAACCAGAUGAGCAAGAAGAAGGCCAUUGGGAAUCAGGAUGAGAUCAUGGUCAUCCGGAAGGGCUGGCUGACCAUCAAUAACAUCGGCAUCAUGAAGGGCGGAGCCAAGGAGUACUGGUUCGUCCUGACGGCCGAAUCCCUGUCCUGGUACAAGGAUGAUGAGGAGAAGGAGAAGAAGUACAUGCUGCAGGUUGAUAAUCUGAAGCUGAGGGAUGUGGAGAAGGGCUUUAUGUCCAGCAAGCACAUCUUCGCCCUGUUCAACACUGAGCAGAGGAACGUGUACAAGGACUACCGGCAGCUGGAGCUGGCCUGUGAAUCACAGGAAGAGGUGGACAGCUGGAAGGCCUCCUACCUGCGUGCCGGCGUUUACCCAGAACGCAUCACGGUAGGGACGUGCACAAGGCACAGCAAAAACCCACACCGCACAGUUAAAAGCACUGAGUAA